AAUGAGAUUUUUUUUUUAUUCACAAAAAUAUAAUUUCAAGUCUGAGAUCAAAUCUGAUGAUUGCAUUCAAGGGGCAAUACAGAGUACAGAAAUACACUUCUCUACGGCUCCGAGUAGGAGAGUGGAGAUUUUAGAGAACGGCGAGAAUUGAAGGUGUAAAAUUCAACCCAAACAAACACAGAAGAACAAAGCCUCGCUAUCUUUGAACCAGACAAACACAUAGGAAUAGAAAUUUUGGUUAAGAUUGUGGACCCAAUUGCCUUCUACGCAACAAUACAUACAUAUUUCUCUCUCUCUCUCUCUCUCUCUCUCUCUCUCUCUCAUCAUCAUCCACUUCUCUCCAUCCCUUCGCUGCAAAAAGUACACAAUCUCCUCUCUUCUUUCUAUAUAUAUCACUAUACUUCCGUUUUUAUUUUGUUCCUUAAAGACAGCUUAAGCCCUCUUCCACUCUCACUUUCAUUUCAUUAAAUUUCCUCCUUUUUUUUGGGUGUCUUUCUCUUUCUUUGACUCCCAAAUCGACUGUUUCAGCUCAAGUUUUCUUCUUCUUCUUCUUCUUCUUCCAUUUUGUAGGUGAUCUUGGUGAGGUAAAAGAGCAGUCAGAUCUAAGACGUAUACAGAUUCUUCAGCAGCGACUAUGUCUUUUACUGGCACCCAGCAGAAAUGCAAGGCCUGUGAGAAGACUGUAUAUCCCAUGGAACUUCUAUCAGCAGACGGUGUUCCGUAUCAUAAGUCUUGCUUUAAGUGCUUUCACUGCAAAGGCACUUUAAAGCUAAGCAAUUAUUCCUCGAUGGAGGGUGUACUCUACUGUAAGCCUCACUUUGAGCAGCUGUUCAAGGAGACGGGUAAUUUCAACAAAAAUUUUCAAUCACCUGCAAAGUCAGCUGAGAAGUUGACUCCUGAGCUGACAAGGUCACCUAGUAAAGCUGCUGGCAUGUUUUCUGGGACGCAAGAAAAGUGUGCCACUUGUGGUAAAACUGCUUAUCCACUUGAGAAGGUAACAGUGGAGAGCCAGGCCUAUCACAAGUCAUGUUUCAAAUGCUCUCAUGGUGGCUGUUCCAUAUCCCCAUCAAAUUAUGCAGCCCUCGAGGGUGUUUUAUAUUGCAAACAUCAUUUCUCCCAACUUUUCAAGGAGAAAGGAAGCUACAAUCAUCUUAUCAAGUCUGCAUCAAUGAAACGAGCUGCAGCUUCUGUGCCAGAUGCCUGAAUACCCCGUCCAAAAUUUGAAAUCUGUGUGUGUUGCUUUACUAUUUUUCAGUGUGCUUUCCUUCGGAUCCGACUUCCAUUAUGAGGAAUUGGCAAAACUUCGUUUUGCCUCCUUUUUGGUUUUUGGUUCAAUUUAUUGGGCAUAUUGUUGUGUUUGAUUGAUGGAUGGGAUACACAUUCCCACAAUUGUAAAAUGACCUUUAUCUGCAAAUGUGGAAGUUACACUACUUCAUCUGCCA